AUGUUUUCCUUCUUGCUCUUCGUGCUGGCGUGGGGUGUGCAGGCGGAAUAUGACGUGAUCACCGCCCUGCAGCUAACCCAGUCGGCGCUGGACGAGCAGAUUGUGGUGUCGGUGGCCUUGUCCAACUCCAGCACGAAUGCUUCCAAGCCUCACCAUGAUCAUGACACAGAAGAUGCAGCUGAUGAAGACCCCGAAGACUCUCAUUUGGAGAAGGAUGCGCACCUGGAGCACGAGAAGGAAGACCAGGAGCCUGAGGAGAUUGUAGGCCCCAUCGAUGUGAAAGCAGAUUCAGAAGAAGAUGAAGUACCAGAUGAGGAAGAUAAGGACGAGCUUCAGAUUGAGGCGAACGCAAGCCUUGCGAAGGAUGGACGCUACAGGACUCCGGCCGAGCGCAUCCACGGCUUGAUUUCGAAGUUCGUCUACUCCAAGCCACCGGCGGUCAACAAGCACGUGUCGAAGAGACGGCCGCUGCUUUUCAUGCAUCAGGCGAAGUCGGGUGGUACUUCUCUCAGAGAGGUCCUUUACAAGAAUAGCAGACACCAGGGGCUGUCGGCCUACAUCCCCUGCAAUGGUGGGGUGCAUUGUCAAAAAUUUGACAUUGACGGCCAGACCGCCGCGGUCUACGGGGGACACUUCUGCUGGAAGGCGACCACGAACAACCUUGCUCGACGGGGAGUCCACCAGUUCUCUUGUGUCACCAUCUUCAGGGAGCCCGUGGCACGCAUUAUGUCUUGCUACUCAUACCGAAUGGUCGGCCAGUUGGGGAAGGCACCUUCUUGCAUUGCGCAUGUGCACCCCCAGCAGUUGAAGUCAAAGCUCCUCGACAACGCCUGCGUCAACGAGCCCUUCCGAAGGAUUGGCGACUGCAACGUGGCGAGCCGCCUUGAGCAUCGCAAGUCGGAUGAGGCGCAGGUUACUGCCUGGGAGACGACGCUGUCUCACCUCUCUGGCUGCGUCCCGAUCAUCUUGGAGGAGCCGGAGUCCUACAAGGUGGCGGCGCACGUGUUCCCGCAGUUUUCCGAUGCUUUCCACAAGAUGAGACAGGUGAAGCUGAACAAGAACAAGAAGUACGACAACCACUGCAGGGUUAGCCACUCCCACAUGAGAGCAAUGAAGGAAGUAGCAUCGCAUGAGAUCCGGAUGUACAAGGCAGCCAGGAAGCGCAUGUGGCGGCUCAGGGAGGAGCUGCAUCUGAACUGA